AUGCGUUUUGCACCUCUACCAAUUGUUCAACAGCCAAUCAAACGUCUUUUAUCAUUAUCAAGAACAAAACGACGAACAUUAAAUUAUAUGUUGGCUAUGCAUACAAGUCAAGAAUUUAAUAUAAAUAUACUUUAUCAAGCUAUAUCUAUUGAUAAACCAAUAGAUAGACAAAUAUUUCUAUUUUAUAGACAAGAACUUGAAAAAACGAUCAUACCAUUCACAAAUGGUGCAUAUCAUUUAUUAUUUCGACCAUUUAAUUCUCUUGGUCGUUAUACUUUUCUUCGACAACAAUUAGCUAAAAUAAUUUAUGCUCAAGAUUUUUAUCGAAUAUUUCUUUGUAAAUUAGUUAAAGAUGAAUUUAUAUUUGGUUAUCGAUGA